GCCAUAAACUUUCACAGAACAAAAAAAAUGGCAUCGAGCAAUGCUGUGUAUUUCUCUGAUGAUGAAUUAUCGGACAAUUUUGAGGAGAGUAAGCAAAUUGUGCAGGAGGCAAUGACAGCCGUGCAUCCUGUGGCAUACGCCGAUGAGACGCUGGAUACACAAGUGCUCCUGACGUCGUGGAAUAUCAAGAAAGACAUUAUAAGUACAGUUGUUGCCGCAAAACUCACAAUUUGGCACUUGAGGGUGAUCGAGGAUGACGAUAUUGCCAGACUGUUUGGUACAAAUAUUGCGGACUGCGUGGAAUUCAAGUACUACCUGAAGAAGUGGCGAAAUGAAGGCGCGAAGCUCGUUGAGAUUCCCCAGCGUUCACAGAUCAAAUCAAUUCCACUCCUGCCGUCGCCAAUUGAGCCACCUGAUCCCCUCGGACAGCCCAGUUUGCAGACAAAUGCCCCAGCCAAAGCGAAGUGGAAGAUCCCAGAGUGGGACUUUGAUGAGCGCAAGCACUCAUCGAUAGAGGACGUGGAGAAGAUCCUGAAGAUGUCUGCACGAGGCAGAAGCAUUGUCCAGUACUACAGGACAAACCAGAAGCUAGAGACACAGCACCAGGCAUGGAUGGUGGAUAUCAUAGCGGAAUUCUACCUGCAAAAGUACGAAAGUGUGUCCAUGAAGAUGAUGGAUCGCAUCAGUGACAAGAUUGUCGAGCUCUUUCCCACCGAGCAGAAAUCCACCUACUACACAAAGCGCCCCAUUGGAGGGAAUCCCAAAGGAAAGCUGCACGAUAAGUUCAGGAACAAGCGACGAUUGUAUAUUGCUCAAGGCAUUCUUAAGAGGAAAAGCAUUUGA